GUCCGGUUGCUGCCGCCGCCGCCACUUCUGCUCCGGUUUCCCUUGCGGCUCCGUCCGCCGCUCCGCGUCCGCAUGGCGUCCGACUCCGACACCGAGGAGCUCUUCUACGACGCGCCCGAGGAUGUCGCCCAGCACGGAGGGAGCCCCUCGGCGUCGCCAACCAAAGUCGUGCUGCCGGUACCAAAGGAGCUGACCAGUGGUCAACAGAAAGUAGAAUGUGAAGCAGGAUCUUUGGAAGUCAAACAAGAGGACCCUAAAGAGAUAAUUGACAAUAUAAUUGAAGAAAGCCAGAAGGUACAUCAACUUGACUAUGGUCCAUUGGGCUCGUCGGAAAAGGAGCUGUCCGAUUCCCCGUCACAUGCAAACACUUGGAUUCCUGGAGCAGAUGUUCUCCAGCACAUUCCCGAACUCUUGUUUGCGGAAGCAGGGUUGCUACAAGGCCACGAUGAAGAGCCUCCCUGCCAGCCCCCACAGGCUGUGGCAAAUGGAAUGGAGCCCAGGCAGGCUUUGCAGACCCACGAGGGGGCAUUGGAGCAUCGGCAGGGGGAAGGUGAUGCUCGACCAGUGGAAACCGCAAGCGAGAUCCCAUUGCGGCAAGCGGGAGAAGGCGACAAGGAAUUGAAAAGCGAGGAGGCAGCUGACGCAAGGCCGGCGGAUGUCUUGGAGGCACCUGUGGAUUUCCUGCCUGCCAGAGAUUCAUCCGUGGCUGAUGAGAUGCCUCCUGUGAAACCACCGCGGCAACUCAACAUAGAGCCGGACAUUGUCGCCAGCACAAAGAAGUCUGGUCCUGCCCGGCCUCCCCCGCCAGCAGGCCUCCCUCCCCCAAGGCCCCCACCUCCUGCUCGGCCUGCCCCACCGCCAAGGAAGAAGAAGAGCGACUUGGAAAUUGAGACACACAAAACACCUGGUCUGGAAGUUCCCAGGGAGACUUUUUCAUCUGGUGGCCUCUUACCUCCCAAUGUGUUGAUGGAGUCCAUAGCCAAAGAUUCUCAGCCUUCCUUGGAUCUGGCCAGUGCAACAAGCGGGGACAAAAUCGUCACUGCACAGGAAAAUGGAAAGUCGGCGGAUGGACAAACGAUCUCGGGUGAAGUGAUUGGGCCUCAGAGACCCAGGUCUAAUUCCGGCAGGGAACUCACAGAUGAGGAAAUCCUGGCAAGCGUCAUGAUCAAGAAUCUCGACACAGGAGAGGAGAUACCCCUGAGUUUGGCUGAGGAGAAGCUGCCCACGGGCAUCAACCCCCUGACGCUGCACAUCAUGAGACGGACCAAGGAAUAUGUCAGUAACGAUGGGGCACAGUCAGACGAUGAAGACAAAAUGCAGCCACAGCAAAGUGACACAGAUGGAGGGCGCUUGAAGCAGAAGACGACUCAGCUGAAGAAGUUCUUGGGCAAAUCAGUCAAGAGGGCGAGGCAUCUGGCUGAAGAAUAUGGAGAGCGUGCCGUCAACAAAGUGAAGAGUGUUCGAGAUGAAGUAUUCCACACUGAUCAAGAUGACCCAUCCUCAAGUGAUGAUGAAGGCAUGCCGUAUACCAGGCCAGUGAAAUUCAAGGCGGCACAUGGCUUCAAGGGGCCGUAUGAUUUUGAGCAAAUUAAAGUUGUCCAGGAUCUCAGUGGCGAGCAUAUGGGCGCCGUUUGGACAAUGAAGUUCUCGCACUGUGGCCGUUUGCUUGCGUCUGCAGGUCAGGACAAUGUGGUGAGGAUCUGGGUGCUGAAGAAUGCAUUUGACUACUUCAAUAACAUGCGGAUGAAGUACAACACAGAAGGUCGUGUGUCUCCCUCCCCAUCUCAAGAGAGUUUGAAUUCUUCAAAGUCAGAUAACGAUAUGGGGGUUUGCAGUGGGGCCGAUGAGGACCCUGAUGAUAAAAACACACCAUUUCGCCAGCGGCCAUUCUGCAAAUACAAAGGUCACACAGCAGAUCUCCUGGACUUGUCCUGGUCUAAAAAUUACUUUCUGCUCUCUUCUUCUAUGGACAAGACAGUCAGGCUCUGGCACAUAUCCAGGCGGGAGUGCCUCUGCUGUUUCCAGCACAUUGACUUCGUCACUGCUAUAGCCUUCCAUCCAAGGGAUGACAGAUACUUCUUAAGUGGCUCGCUGGAUGGAAAGCUGCGACUUUGGAACAUUCCUGACAAAAAAGUGGCCCUCUGGAAUGAAGUGGAUGGGCAGACCAAGCUGAUCACAGCAGCCAACUUUUGCCAGAAUGGCAAAUACGCUGUUAUUGGCACCUAUGAUGGCCGGUGUAUCUUCUACGACACAGAGCACUUAAAGUAUCAUACACAGAUCCAUGUGCGAUCAACUAGAGGGCGGAAUCGAGUUGGGAGGAAAAUCACUGGAAUUGAGCCACUGCCAGGAGAAAACAAGAUCCUGGUGACGUCAAACGACUCCCGAAUCCGACUCUAUGACCUGAGAGAUUUGUCUCUGUCUAUGAAAUAUAAGGGCUAUGUCAACAGCAGCAGCCAGAUCAAAGCCAGCUUCAGCCACGACUUCACAUACAUCGUAAGUGGUUCUGAAGAUAAAUACGUUUACAUCUGGAGCACCUACCAUGAUUUAAGCAAGUUUACUUCCGUCAGGAGGGACCGCAACGACUUCUGGGAGGGUGUCAAAGCACAUAACGCAGUGGUCACAUCCGCCAUUUUUGCCCCAAAUCCCAGCUUGAUGGUAUCAUUGGAUACACCUGAAAAGCAGGAGCCCGAAAGCAAAAAUGAAGAUUCUGAAUCAACUGAUCCCAUUCCUUCUGGAGCUUUGAAGACGGAUCACACAGAAGUGCUUCUGUCGGCUGACUUUACUGGAGCCAUCAAAGUCUUCAUAAACAAGAAGAAAAACACAUCUUGAAAUCAUUGGUAUCUCGACAGCAUCAUGAUGGAUGGUACCUGGUUAUGAAUCAUGUGAUCAGUGAAGCAAAGCAAAGUAUAAUAUAGAGUUCGAGGGUUGGCUUAUCUUUUGAACUCUCACUUAAAGCUGCUCCAUUAGACCUCCUGGGGAAGCAGCAUCUCAACUAUUAACUCCCCCUGGCUUUUAGAAUAGAAAGAGAGGCCCAUAAAUGACGUGGCCAAAACAGCAACUCAGCGUUGCAUUUCUCUGAAAAUUUAUUUUGCUAAGCAACUGUUUGCCAUGCACAGGAUUCUGCAUGAAAAGGGCAAUGAGAUAUUCACAUGUGUGUGUGUGUGUGCCC